AUGGAUUGUUGCACUAGAUUAAAUAGAGGGAUAAUUGGGAUAAAUAUACAAUAUCAUAUAAAAAACAAAUUAGUUAUAAGGACAUUGGCUAUGUCUAAUUUGGAAGAACGUCACACCAGUGAUUACUUAAAAUCUGUGGUCUUAAAAGUACUGAACCGUUAUGAUAUAAGACCUGAUCAAGUUUAUUCAUGUACGGUUGACAAUGGUGCUAAUAUGGUGAAAAUGGUGGGUUUGAUUGCUGAAGAUAAUGAAAACGAUGCACAAGAGCAUAAUAUUGGUGGAAUUGAUGAAGAUAGUAACAAUGAAGAUGGUGACACUGAUGUUUUGGCUAACAACCAAUACUCAUUUGAAAAUGAAAUAUUAAAUGAUAACGUCCAAGAACAUUUAGUAAAUUAA